AUGUAAAUAAGUCCGUUAAACAAAAAGAUAAACAUAUCGCUAAAUACAUCAAGAGAUGCUAGAACUUCAUUAUAAGAAGUCAUAAGUAGUCAGACUGAACAAAUAAUUAAGAGUAAUCAAUUAGAAUAAGAAUUACAUCGAGUUAAUUAAUAAAGAAAAUUACUAUCCAUGGAAUUGGAUGAUUGGAGUUAUUAAUAUGUAUAAAAGUCACAGGCACUUUAAGAAUGUGAAUUAGAAAAUGCUCUUUUAAGGAGAUAAGUUCAAGCUCAUAGACAAUAAGAAGACAUUUCAAAAUUGCAUCUAUUAUUAUAGUAAAUAUUUAUUAAAAGCAGAUAGAAAAACCAAAUCAUUUUAGAAUGGACAAAGAAAUUUGAAAAUAUAGAGAAGAGAUUAGAAAAUGAGAACAAAUUAUAAUAACAAAUAAAACAUUAACAAUGUGUAAAUGAUAUUAUAAAAUAAUAAUUAACUGAAUUAAAGUAGUAGUAAAUGACUUUAUAGAAGAAUUAUUUGGAACUAAAAGAAGAAAGAAAUUAAUAUUAUAGAAAAUUUAUAGAGUCAUCUUCAUUAAUUUAAAAAUUAGAAAUAAAUAAUAAGUAAAUUGAAAUUGAGAGGAAUCAACUCUAAUCUGAACUCAAAUAAUUCAAAUAAGAUUAUUAACAAUUAAAAGAGUAAUAAUAUUAAGUUCAGACUUUUGAAGAGAAAAAAAAUAAAUGGAAAACUAGAUAUCAUAAUUUACUUAAGGAAUUUAAAAACAAUCAUAUUGAAUAAAAUAGUCAAAAUUUGAUUGAAUAACAUAAUAAUGAAGUUUAGAAUUACUAAAAUUAAAAAGAAUUUAAUAUACCUGAAAAUAAUGAUAUGGAAGAAUUAAAUGAUAUCAAAGAUAAAUUAUAAUAAUUAGAAUAAGAGAAUCAGUAUUUAAGAGAAUAGAAUAUUGAAUUACAAAAUCAAUUCUAAAGUGCUACUGAUAAACUCUUAAAAUAACAAUUAUAAAAUUCAAUGACUAAAGAAUAGAGCUAAACUUUUUCAUUUGUACAAUAUCAUCAUGAAUAUUGUGAUUCUUUAGAAGAAUAACAAAUCUAAGAUUGA